GAUAAAGAGGAAACGCUCCCAUGGAUGCAGCAGGCCGGCAGCGGCGUGCAGCUCCGGUUCUUUAAUGCUGGCUAGAAGUGGAGAGCAGUCUGAACACGGUCUGCAGAUUUCAACGAGGUGUGAGCGCGAUGUGCCGAUGAGCGUUCAUCGCCCGUAAUCCGACAGGGAUAUCCGACAUUUGUGAUUUGUGCCGUAUCUCCAUCCAGCCGACCAGUCCUCAUGGCAUUCCCGUUUUAAACCCCCGCUUUGCUGCCCAGAUCGAUCCCUCACACCGUGUCCAUCUCCGUCGUCUUCUCCACCUUCGCUUCUCACUUCGUUCCUGGCCCAGGAUGGAGGCGGCCGCGACGCUUCCGCUUCUUCUUCUGCUGCUCCUGGCUGCGGCGCUGCCGGCUCCGUCGCACGGCUGGGGAGUCGACGGCCAUCUCAUGGUCUGCCAGAUCGCACAGGGCCGUCUGAGCGGCGCGGCGGCGGCGGCGGUGAGGGACCUGUUGCCGUCCUACGCCGGCAACAACCUGAGCAGCCUCUGCUCCUGGGCCGACGACGUCAAGUUCCGGUACCCCUGGUCGUCGCCGCUCCACUACAUCGACACCCCCGACGGCCUCUGCAACUACAGCUACGACAGAGACUGCAAGGACGAGGACGGCGUCAAGGGCCGGUGCGUCGCCGGCGCCAUCAACAACUACACCACGCAGCUCCUCACAUACGGAAGAUCUUCUGCUCCCCAAUAUAACCUGACGCAAGCGCUCCUGUUCCUUUCACACUUCAUUGGAGACAUACACCAGCCACUUCAUGUGGGGUUUACCUCUGACAGAGGAGGGAACACCAUCGAUGUCCACUGGUACACAAGGAAGACUGUCCUUCACCAUGUUUGGGACGCCAACAUCAUCCAGACGGCUGAGGACGACUUCUACGGCGACGGUGUGGCGGAUUAUGUCGACACGCUGACGAAAAACAUAACGGGAGAAUGGUCGGAGCAAGUGCCUAGCUGGGAAGAAUGCGGCAAGAACCAGACUGCAUGCCCGGACAUAUAUGCAUCUGAGAGCAUCACCGCAGCAUGUGACUGGGCGUACAAGGGUGUGGAUCAAGACUCGACCCUUGAAGAUGCCUAUUUCUCCACCAGGCUGCCGGUCGUCAACUUGAGGCUAGCGCAGGGCGGCGUUCGAUUAGCUGCUACUUUGAACAGGAUAUUUGGUUAACGAUGGACGUUUCUGUACAAGAGGAUAAAUUUAAUUUUUGUUUCUCAAGUUUGUGUCACAAUGCUUUGAGUUAUACACUACUAUGAUGUUUCCAAAAAAAAAAAGGUAUUUACGGGUGCAUGUGCAUGUGCUGAAAACAACAUGCGAAGGAACAA